AUGGCAGAUGUUGAAAUCCUUGGCCAGUCACUAUGGCAGGCCGCUGAGAAGGGAAACAAGGCCACCGUCAGGCUGCUGCUCGAUGGGGGCGCCGAUGCCGAGUCAAAGGAUACCGUUGGCCAGACGCCGCUAUUAUGGGCUGCUAAAUACGGGAAUGAGGCCGUCGUUAAGUUACUGCUCGAUAAGGACGCCAAUGUCGAGUCAAAGGAUACCUCUGGCCGGACGCCGCUAUCAUGGGCCGCUCAGAACAGGCACAAGGCUGUCGUUAAGCUGCUUGAUAAGGCUGAGGAAGGCAGAAGUCCGGGAUAUUAG